AUGCAACAACUAAACGAAGAAGAACCUGCGGAGAAUUUUAAAGAUUUGAUGGAGACUUCUUCCACUCCUCCAUUAGACAGAGAAGUAACAACCAAUGAAACAGUAAUAGAAUCUACAGGAGUAGGAGAUGCAGGAGAUGAAAAACCAAUUGGAAAUGCAAAAAGAUGGUGGAGAAAGGCAGCAACGAUUCCGAUUUUAAAACAUUUUGUCUUGUUUUUGCAAACAUAUGGUACCUUGUUUUUAUUUAAUCAUGCGUAUCGGUCGUUGUUUUUUAUGAAUUUAAUUUCUGGUAUUGGAAAUUUCUUUUCAGAGAUUGCAAUUGUUAGUUUAAUUGAAGGUGGAAUGCAUAAUUCGACGAUAUCUAAUUCAACACUUUCGAAUUCGACAAAUUUGGUGAAUAGGACGAGUAUUGAUUUUGGUUUUCACUCAACCAGCUUUUUAACAAGAUUAUUAGUGACCAGUAAUGAUGCAAUUUACAAAAUUACUCAAGAAUAUGAUGUUCCUUCAGCUGCCGAAUCUGAAGCUUCAGGAAGUGCUGUUUCUGGAAUUUUUAUUUCACUUCUUUUACCUGCAGUCAUUUUAAUGCCAAUUACUGGAAUUGUGGCUGACAUGUUUGAUAGAAGAAAAAUUCUUUUGAUUAGUGAUAUUUUAAGAGGAUUUAUUGUUUUACUGUUUUUGGUAGCUUAUUUUAUAGGAGUUGACCAAGUACAAUGGUUAGUCUAUCUAACAAUUGUAUUGCAAUAUUCGUGUGGCAGCUUUUUUGAACCUUCUCGUGAAGCACUCGUCCCAUUAGUGGUCAAACAGGAAGAUUUACCAAUUGCCAAUGCAUUGGAUUCAUUGUGCUGGCUUGCUGUUAGUUUCUUGGGAAGUUCAGUUGGUGGAAUUGUUGUUGCAUUGCUUGGUGUUGUUGUGAAUUUUGCAUUUGAUAGUUUUUCAUUCUUCUUAUCUGGAUUUUUCUGUGUUCUCCUUUUCAAGUAUAAACAUUUGGGAAUAAGUGGAAUUGAGGAAAGAAGAAGACAAGAAUUGAAAGAAUUGAAAAAGAAGGAACAAGAAUUGAAUAAUACUGAAUCAAUAACUUCAAAUAAUCAACAAGAAGUAACUGGAGAUUUGGUCAUUCACUCAAGUGAAGCCAAUUUGGAAGAUGAUGAAAAGGUCAAUAGAAAGAAAGAAAAGAAGGAGGAAAAGAAGAAUAUGCUUGAAGAGGAUCAAUCACCUUCCGUCAUUGAAACAAAACCAGUCUCUGAGAACUUUCUAGUUCUCUUCUUCAAGGCCAUCAAGAAUCAUCUUGUAGAGUUAGUGAGAGGUGUUGUUUUCUUCUCUAAGAAUCCACUCAUUUUCACAUCAACUAUUGUGAAGGGAAGUGGUGCAUUCUUUUGGUUCAGUUGUGAGCUCAUUCUCAUCAGAUUGAGUUAUGGAUUAUUCGCAGGAGAUAAUAAGAAAAUGGGCGGCUUGUACAUGGGUAUUGCAAAGUGUUUCUCUGGAAUAGGAUCAGGAGUUGCUCCAGUAAUUUUGGAACGUCUCCUUCCUAAAAAGUAUUCCACUAGAACUCUGAGAGGUAUUCUGACCUGUGCCUCUUUUGGAUUUCCAAUCUGUUUCACAUGCUACUAUUUUUCAAUCUUAUUAGCCAAUGAUCCAUCCACAAGAGAUUUAGGAUUUGCAGGUGUUUGUCUAUCUUCACUAAUUUUGGGAACAUCUGGAGGAACCUUGUGGAGUUUCUCCAUUACUCACCUCCAAAUGGUUUGUCCAAAUGAUUAUUUGGGAAGAGCUUUUGCUAUUGAUCUUGGAUUCUUCUUGAAUAUGGCUGGAAUUACUUCAAUAGUAUUGUAUGGAACUAUUUUGGAUGAUAUUUUCAAAUUUGAGCCAGCUCAUAUGGCACUAUUCGAAUUGGGAUCAAGUUUAGUUUUAUGUGCAUUGUUUUCUCUUUGGUUCUUUAUCUUUAGAAAGAAUGUAGUGACGAGAGAAGAUCACUUGGCAUCGAAUAAACAAGAUGAGGAAGUACAUAAUCCUUAGAAUAGGAUUUUUGAAUUUCAACCGCAUAUUUUCUUAAUUUCAUUUCCUGAUAAUAUUAAUAUUCACAUUAAUAACAAGUUUUUAAGGUUUUUAAAUUUUGGCUACACAAUUUCGAAUGAGGCAGAUUACAAAAAUUAUUCACUAUUUGCAACAAACACAAACUACACACAGUUAAUAAUAAAUUAUUUACUCUGGAUCU